UACAAGUGUGACAGGUGUGACAAUUGUGAUUGUUGUUCUUGCUAUAAUAUGGUUAUAAUAUUAUAUAUUAUCCAUGUAAAUUAAAGCUUGAUAAUGCACGACAAACUAAUGUAAUUAAAUAAUGGAUAUUUUAACAACAAGCUUAACUGCUUUACUUCAUGCAGCUACUAAUCCUAAUCAUCCAAAUUUAGAUAGACCGUCUGUAGAAGCUUUUUGUGCCAUAAUUAAUCGAGAAAAAAUAGGGCCACCAAUCGCAUUAAAAUUGAUUGCAAAUCGUUUGCAUACUAAAAAUGAAAAACAAACUUUACUAACACUGGAUAUGUUAGAUGUUUGUAUGAAAAGGUGCAAUAGUUUGUUUGUGAGUGAAGUGGCAAAAUUUAGAUUUUUAAAUGAGAUGAUUAAGUUAGUUUCACCAAAGUAUUUAGGAUCACAAACAACUUUUAAUGUUAAACAAAAAGUGAUACAUUCUUUGGAAAAUUGGUCAAAAGAUUAUCCAAAAGAAUCAAAAAUUAGAGAAGCAUUAGAAAUGCUUAGAAAGCAAGGAGUUGUACCUGUAGAUCCUUUGAUUAAUAAUACUGAAAAAAAAUCACACUCUGUAUUUUAUGAUGAAGAGAAAACAAAACUUUUAAAUAAACUUCUUCAAAGUAAAAAUCCUGAAGACCUACAAGCUGCAAAUAGACUUAUAAAGAACAUGGUAAAAGAGGAUGAACGGGCUUCAGAAUUUAAAGCAAGAAAAAUAACUGAACUAGAAUCUGUGUAUAAUAAUGUAAAAUUACUUACCGAAAUGCUUGACAGUUAUAGGCCAGGCAUUUCAUCUAGUGAUGAUUUGGAACUGAUUAAGGAACUUUACCAAAGUUGUCAAAGACUUCGUUCAAAUAUUUUUAAGUUAGCUUCAGAAUCUCAGAAUAAUGAAGAAAUUUUAAGUAAAGUAUUGCAAGCCAAUGAUGAAUUAGGAAAUGUUUUUGAUAAAUAUACUGAAGUUAUUAUCAAGGGUAACAUUCAAGAUUCUUGCAAGACUCUAAACUCUGAUAGAGUAUCUUUAUUGGACUUGGAUUUUAAAACAGACAAUACAUUAAAAGAAUCUCCUGAAAAGGUUGACAAAGAAAAGGCUUCCUUGGAUUUACUGGGGGACAUAUUCACUCCUGAUGAAAGUGCAAACCAUUUAUUAAAAGAAGAUAUUUUAAAACCAUCUUCAGUGUCAAAAGUCAACAAUACUGAAGCAGGUGGUGACAAAAGCAAAGAAGUUAGUAGACUGACUAAUAAAUCAAGUGCACUUGAUGAUCUUGGAGAACUGGGACAGUAUCUUAUCAAAGAACAACUAAAUUCCCAAGUAAUAACAACAUUUAAAAAAUUUCCGGAUAAAGUGCCAAUUAACACCCUUAUAAAAAAUGCAAGCAAAGAUGAAACCAAAGAUGUUAUUUCUGAAGCUUUAAACUUAGAUUUAAAUUACUUAAUAUCCAAAGAAAAUAAGGACUCUAAAAGAGAUGAAUUACACUAUUGUCUACCAGAAGACAAAGAUGACGAAAUUUUGGUGGAUAUCGGAAAAGAUUUAGCAUAUGACAGUUUAAGUGAAUGUUCUGACAGUAGUUUCAGAGGGCAAGAAUGCAGUGGUUUAAAAUCGAUAAAAGAAGAAGAGAAUAAAAGGAACCUGAAUAUUGACGAUAUUUUUAUUAGGCUAGCAGACAUUGAACCGAGUGGUAUUCCCCCUUUGACCAUAUUAAAGGAGGUGCAGGAUGUUACAGUGACUCUUCAAUUUGGAAAAAAUAAACCCAAAGAGUUUGUACAAGUGGUUGUUGUUACAACGAUAAAUAAGAACAAACAGUCUCUUAACAAUUACUUAUUUCAAGUUGUUGUCCCAAAGUCUUGCCGGGUUAAACUAUUAUCACCUUCGUCGACUGAGUUACCCGCCUACAAUGCUUUUAUACCACCAAUGGCUAUCACUCAAAUUAUGCUUAUUGCGAAUCCAAAUCAUUUGCAGUUAAAAUUGAAAUAUGUAAUUAGUUUUGCUGUAGGUGACGAAACUGUAAUGGAAACUGGAGAGGCGGUAAUUUUGCCUGUGAUCAACAGUUACAAUUAAACAAAAGUAUUUUUGCAUUACAAAGUAAUGUAUGUACUUAUUCUACCAAUAGUUGAGUCAUGUUUUAGUAGGUAACUUACUGUUUUAAUAGUUUGCUUAUUUAUUUAUUUAUAUCUUUUCUCUGGUGACUAGUCUUUUUAAUAGUGUUAUGAUCCAUAUUGUCAAUUAGGGUUUUUUAGAGAAUUCAAAUUGGUAGUUCUCAAAAACAGAACUUUUUUAGAUAUUUAUUCUAAAUUGUUAUAAUAUUUUAAUGCCUUCUGUGUUUAUAUAUGCGUGUAGCUAAAUUGCGCGAUUAACGUUUUCCAUUUAUUUGUGAUAUGUAGUAAUUUUUAUACACUUCGUGUCAAAAUUAUCCAUUCAAAAUUAAUUUUCUGGUAAAUCACUAAAUCAAUUUUUAUGAUCAUUUUCUUAAAAUGUAGUCUGCUUACAGGGAAAAUAAACGAAUGGAGCAAAAAAAAACAGCAAUAAAGAAAGUCAGUAUCGCGUGUCUCUGCUUCUGAUAAUGACUCAACAUCAACAGUUGAUGCUUGAUAAUAGAUUCUUAACCUGAUCUUGAACAAUGCAAUUUUGUAUGUCUUCGGAGUUUGUCAAGAAUCGAGGAUACAUGCUGAUGGUCUCUAACUUGCCUACCCAAAUUCUCUCACAGAUAUCCUAUAGGGUUGAGAUCUGAAUUGCCCAAGGGCCAGUCUAGUGUCUCUAGAAAUAUGAAUAACAAACAAUACCAGAUUAGGGGUCUAAUUUCAAGUAUGAGCUGCCUAUGUGCAUUUGUUAUAAGGAGUAGAAGCGGAAAUACUCGAUAUUGAUUUUCUUUGUUGUUUUCGAUUUUAAAUGAUUUGUUUAUUUUUCCUGUUAUUGCUUGUUGUUAUUAUUUAAGUUCUUAAAUUUUUACAUUGAAAUGGUACAUAAUAAGCUUAUCUGUGUUAUAAUCUAUUUUAUUAGUAGAUAUCAUAGCACUAUUAAAAGAAAUGUUUGGAAAAGAUGGGGCUACAGCGUGUCGUUGACAGGCUCCGGCUGUUAUCAAUUACCAAUUAUCAUUCCUACAUUUUGUAUAUGAAAAAAAUAGAAAUUUUGAAUUUAUGCUACUUUUCAAAUUUUGAUACGAAGUGCAUAAACGUUACCAAAAAAAAAACUAAAUAAUAAAAAUACUAAUUGAAGAUCUUACCAAAAUUGCUAAAUAUAGUAAAAAAAACGAAAAUUAUGCAAUUUUAUUUUUUAAUAUGCACAGAGUAAUUCAAAAAUUGUGACUGUUACAUUAGAUAUGCAUUGGAUCCUUCUAAAUGUAAACCUGCUUUAAUAUUCUAGAGAGAUAAUGUAAUUUAUUAAUGCAUAUGUAUUUCAUAAAUUAGAAAUGAAUUAAUAUAACAAUUAAAUGAUUCGAUGGAAACGCAUUAUACAUCAAAAAAAUUGUUAAUUUCAUUGAGUAGAAUAAAUUUUUGUUAAAAAUUGACCUAUAGUUUCGGAUAAAUUUCUAGAUAUAUAAGAAAUAUAGAUGAGAAAAACUAAUGUGCAAUCUUCUUUUUGGUACUAAUAACAAAUAAAUAUUUUUUAUAGUAACAAUUUUGAAUCACUCUGUAUAGGUAUAUUGAAAAAUUAUUUCUAUUUUUUUUUUUUAAUAUUCUAAAUAAUGAAAUGUUUAAUAUCUCGUGUAUUUGUUAUUCAUUAGUUACAAAAGAAAAAUCAAAAGAUUCAGGGAGAUCUAUUUUGUGAUGUAAAUGAACAUUUAUUUAUUAUGGUCUACGGUGAGUGGUAAUGUAAAGUAAUCGUAUUAUUAUAGGUAUCUAUUAAUAAUUGUCCUUUUUUCAAUUAUUAUGUUUGUGAUCUCGAAUUUUUUACAAAAAGGCGUUCAAUUUAGCGAUUGCGUGAUCAUGUUGUAAAAUUAGCUUGUUACUUAAAAAAAUUGUCUUAAUAUAUAUUUUAUUCUUAAUCUCCAAAAAAGUUGUUAUCGUGAUGAUUAUUAAUUAACUUUAUUUAUAUAUCUUAUUUAUAUUAAUGUUCAUCCUCAAAAUGCAUAUUUUUACAUAAAUUUUAAGCCAAACUAUUUUCUAUUUGGUUUUGUCUGUGAUACAACUGUUCAGUAUUGCAUUGCAUGUCAUUGUGAAAAUUACCAAAUUAAUAAUAUUACUUUAUUUAUUAGUCAUACAUUAUUCUAAAGAACUUGUACAAAUGAGUCUAGGUUGUUUAUCAUUUUCCAAUAAUUUGUAAAAUUUUGUGUCUAGUUGUAUUAAAAAUACUGACUUGUUUGCAUCUUGUACAAAUUUAAUUAACUUGCCAUAAAUUAGAUACGAAUCUCAAUCUUUUAUUGCCAUGCAAAAAUGACUGAUUUUUUGUUAAUUUACCAGUACUGACUAUACUAAGAAAAUAUAGUUCAGUGUUUAUUAAUUUGCUAGUUAUUUUUUAACUGUUGAUAAAUAAUUAUUAUAAAAGAGCGUUUAAUCCUUUUGUCAUUUAAAAGAAUGAUGAUUUUUUGUUGUACUAUUUUAGCUAAAUAUUGUAUUAUUAAUUAAUUGGGUUUUCAAAUGUAUCAUUUUGUUAUUGGUUCCUUUUUGUAAUAAAUCGUAUUUAACUCUUAUACCCUGUUAUAAUAUUAGGAUUUGGAUUUUACCAAGUCUAGAGAAACUUUCAUUUUUUAUAGAACGCAACACAGGUAAAUUUUAAAUAGAAGAGACGAUAUCAAAUGAUACUAAUUGAUCAAAACAAUUCCCCUUUUGAUGUGUAAUCAAUGUUGACGAAAAGAAAAGAAUGAAGCCAAAA